CAACCAUCACCCGUCAGAUUUGAGGUUAGAUACCCUUAGAUUGAUGUAUGUUUAUUUUGAAUUUUAAACUCUACGUUUUCAUUUAUUUUCUAUGUGAUUUAUACCAUGUUAUGUCUACGACACUAUUUGCUCUCAGUUUUAAUUUUAUAGGUUAAUCUCCUGUAAGUUUCUUAAUAAUAGUAUUUGUUUAAUUAUUCAAAAUAUUGUAAUUGAAAAUGCUGCAGUUGCAGCAGUACGGAAGUGAUAGUGGUGGAGACUCAGACUCAGGUAGUGGUGAUGAAAAACUUGCUCAUCUCAAACCCAUUGAAGGAUCAGCAAAAAUAAUGGAAAGUUUACAGAAAAACUAUGCAGUAUGUGCUGCGCCAGACGUGGUUCCCACUAAACCCGUGGAACCGCUGAGCUACAUGGAUGUUGGCACCAAAGAGCUGACUCGCAAUUUGAAGUAUGAAGAGCUUUUUGCGCCCGAUGUGGGACCCGAGAAUCCGUUUCUUACUCAGCAGCAGCGCGCUCAGAAGAAUAUGCUGGCAGGUUUCGUAGAGAAAGCGCACAUGAGUGAUUUUCAAUUUGAAAACCAGAGAAGAACGUUUACCAGUUAUGGCUAUGCAUUAGAUCCGACAGUAGACUCGAAUACAAUAGAAGGCACUAGUGUUGUUGGAGCUGCAUCAGCAGCAGAAGAAGGCGAUGGAAAAACAGUAUUUGAAUCUUCUAAGAAAAGGCCACUUGAUAAGAGAAAAAGAAACAAAAAUGAUAAUCCUGAAGAUAUUGAAGGUUUUUUGGGUCCUUGGGGUUGUUAUGUGGACGAGAAAAGAACAGUUAAACCAAACGAAGAGGAAGCUGAAGAGCUUGAAGAAUAUUUGGCCAAGAAACAAAAGCGAGGGAAACAAAUGGAUGACAAACCUGUCGAAGAGAAGACUGUUUUACACAUCAAGGAUCCCACCGACUACCAAGGAAGAUCAUUCCUGUUUGCUCCUCAAGAUGUGGGCGUGAACUUGAAAUCAGACUCGCCACCCGAUCGCUGUUUCUUGCCAAAGGCUCAGAUACACACUUGGCAGGGGCACACCAAAGGCAUAUCGGCCAUUCGCUGGUUCCCAGGCACCGCCCACCUUCUGCUCUCCUGCAGCAUAGACUAUCGUGUCAAGUUAUGGGAAGUUUAUGGCGAAAGAAGAUGUAUUCGUACCUAUUACGGACACAGACAAGCAGUUCGAGAUAUUUGCUUCAACAAUCCUGGCAAACAAUUUUUGUCGGCUGCAUAUGAUCGGUUCAUAAAGCUUUGGGACACGGAGACAGGUGAAUGCAUAUCACGCUUCACUAGUCGCAAAAUUCCAUAUUGUGUCAAAUUUCAUCCGGAUGAAGAUAAGCAGAAUCUGUUUGUUGCUGGAACAUCGGACAAGAAAAUCAUUUGUUGGGAUACAAGAAGCGGUGAGAUUGUACAAGAGUAUGACCGCCAUCUUGGUGCAGUCAAUUCGAUCACAUUCGUCGACGAGAACAGGCGAUUCGUCACGACAUCCGAUGACAAGAGUUUACGUGUAUGGGAAUGGGAUAUUCCGGUGGACAUGAAGUAUAUAGCUGACCCCAGCAUGCAUUCUAUGCCUGCUGUGACUCUUUCUCCAAACCAGAAAUGGCUGGCUUGUCAAAGCAUGGACAACAAAAUCGUCAUUUUCUCAGCAUUGAACAGGUUCAAGCUGAAUCGGAAGAAAACAUUCACCGGGCACAUGGUGGCCGGCUAUGCUUGCUCUCUCGACUUUUCACCCGACAUGAGUUACAUUGUGUCGGGGGAUGCUGAUGGAAAAUGCUACGUUUGGGACUGGAAGACGACAAAGCUGUUCAAGAAAUGGAAAGCACAUGACGCUGUGUGCAUUGGAGUGCUGUGGCAUCCUCACGAACCGAGCAAACUUGUCACAGCCGGCUGGGAUGGCUUAAUCAAGUAUUGGGACUAACUUAAUUAUAUACAUCAGUUCCAUUUAAAUCAUUAAAGCAAUAUUUUUCAACGAUCUUUUCUUUUUCUGAUGGAGUAUUGAAAAAUUUAUUAUCAAUAAUAUAUAGACUUCAAAUUUAAUUAUAAGGUUUCCAGAAAUAAACAUUAUUCUAAAACUGAAGAACCAAGAACCCAAUGUAAUAUGAGUCUAGAGGACAAUAAGAAUAGCAAUAUUUAUGGUAGUAAACAAUAAGACGGGUUUAGUACAUGAUCAAUCUGUUUUUAGCCUCUUAAAGCCCGAGCCACACUUAUCAUUCAACUUUCCGAUCCUACCCAUGUCCUAUACUUCUGUGUUCAUAUAACGAACAUGUGUGGCAUACGCCAUUGUAGGCUGUUUGUCAUCAGUAAUUGGAUCGGAACGCUGCACGAUAAGUGUGACCCUAGCUUUAUUCUCUUUGGAACCAAAUGUUGUGGAAAAAAGCUGUACUAACUUCAAAAUGAUGAAUAGGAGUGACAAGAGAUAAUUGAAUUCAUGUAGCCUAUAAGUAAGAAUAAUAAAGUACAAUUUUUUAGUUUC